AUGAUGGCCCGGCCGUGCUUCAUUCAGCACUCUGUAAGGGAUGAUGACGCGGCUGCUGAAUCCUUAAACAUGGCCAGACCGCAGGACAACCCUCCGACUCACCAGAACACGACAGAGUCCGGGAGGAAGCCAAUCACAGCGUGCCUGUUGAACGCAGCCUUCUUUGGUGCCCUGGGCUCAUCUUACCUCUAUGGCUACAACCUCUCUGUAGUCAACGCUCCUGCUCUGCACAUCAAAGUUUUCUACAACACCACAUGGAUGGAGCGAUAUGGGGAGCCAAUUAAAGAAGAGACCGUUACCUUCCUCUGGUCCAUCACAGUUUCCAUAUUUGCCAUCGGAGGCCUUCUGGGAGCACUGUUCGUCUCUGUGUUGCUCAGAAUACUCGGAAGGAAAGGAACCCUGCUGCUGAAUAACGUCUUCGCUGUCAUCGCUGCACUGCUGCUCUCUCUGGGUGAGACUGCAAAAUCCUUUGAGAUGCUCAUCAUCGGUCGUCUCAUAAUGGGCUUGGACUCCGGUGUCGCUCUCAGUGCCCUCCCCAUGUACCUGGGGGAAAUUUCCCCAAGACACGUCAGGGGCUUGAUUGGUCAGUUCAAUUCCAUACUGAUCUGCUUGGGAGUCUUCACAGGACAAGCUCUGGGUCUGCCGGAGCUGCUGGGUCAGGGGUCCAGGUGGAACUUCCUCUUUGCCUUCAUGGCGUUUCCAGCCGUGCUGCAGCUCUGUGUGCUGCCUUUCCUCCCAGAAAGUCCCCGCUACCUGCUGAUGGAGAGGAAGGACGAGGCGGGAGCAGAAAGAGCAUUUCAAAGGUUUUUGGGGAAGGAGGACGUGUCCCAGGAGCUUGAAGAGGUCAGACGGGAGGCUCAGACUCAGGGAAACCUACAAAUCGUCUCUGUGUUACAGCUGAUAAGGAGCCCUGCUGUCCGUUGGCAGCUCAUCACGAUCAUCAUCACCAUGGCCUGCUAUCAGCUGUGUGGCCUCAAUGCCAUCUGGUACUACACCAAUGGGAUCCUCCGUGAAGCAGGCUUUGAUGCGAACAUCAUCCCUUACAUCACACUGAGCACCGGGGCCAUAGAGACCUUGGCUGCCAUUAUCUCAGGCUUAGUGAUUGAACGGCUGGGACGGAAGCUUCUCCUCAUAUUUGGUUUCUCUGCCAUGGCUGUGUUCUUCAGUCUCCUCACAGUGUUCCUCACUUUCCAGGACAGCGCGUCAUGGAUGCCUUACCUCAGUUACGUCUGCAUACUGAUCGUGAUCGCGUCCUUCUGCUCUGGUCCAGGCGGCAUCCCCUUCAUCCUGACCGGCGAGCUGUUUGAACAGUCCUACCGUCCGGCUGCUUUCAUGAUCGCUGGCACUGUGAACUGGCUGUCCAACUUUGCUGUGGGUCUCCUGUUCCCCUUCAUCCAAGAGAGGCUGGGGUCCUACGCCUUCCUUGUCUUUGUGGCGGUCUGCGUCACCGGAUCUAUCUACCUCUUCAUCGUCCUGCCUGAAACCAAAAAUAAAACAUUUAUGGACAUCAGCAAGAGCUUUGCGAAGAUCAACAAAAUCCCUCCGCCCUCCCCCUGCCAUGACAUGGAGCUGACUCUGUGCAUGACGCCCGACGCCAAAGACAAGGACCAGAAUGUGAAGAUGGAGAGCUACUUGUAAACUGAACACGUUGCACUGACACUGGAGAUGCAGGGAUUAUGCUUUUUAAAUAUUUAUUUAGCCAUGGUGAUUCGUGAUAUAAUAACACGUCAUUUUAGGCAGAUUCAGUUCAUUUUGAUAUUUUGUACAUUUUACAUGAUUGGAAUAGUUAUGUCACAGAUAUCAGUUUCCAACCGUUGUUCCAAUAAAAGGAGCCAACUCUAA